CCAUACAGUAUCGAAAAUCUAACCAAUCUAACCAAAUCUGAGCGAACACAAACCAAAACGACGCGAAAUGCAAURAAAUAGGAAAUCAUAAGAAAUAAUCAUAAUGGUGGCCUUUGAUCGGCCCGUGGGAGCUUCCCCGGACGCCAAAGAAAUCGAAUACAUCUGCGCACUCCACCAAAGUGGCGAAACCGUGCGCUCGGAUGGGAGCAUACGAGCCGAGGACAUCCAGGUCUACUUGUGCUCGAGGUUUGGGAUCGAUGUUGGUCUCGAUGAGGUCAGGCAGACGAUACUGCGCGGCAUGGGGGGCUCUUCGAACGAGGACGAGGUUCUCGACCUCAUGGAAGUGACAGCCAUACUGUUGAUUCCUCUGUUGCUGAAGGCAGCUUAUGUGGAAGGAUCAUACAAUGAUGAUUUUGGCGCGUUCAAUAACAAGGGUAAUGACGAAAGUGAAACCCCGAGCGUUGCUUCAGCUGCUGCCGACAACUGUAGCACCAUUCCAUUGCCCCAGGGUAUCUUGUCGCCGCCAGCUGAUUUAUUGAAAGUCUGCGCAGAUAUAAUCUUGCACGACGUGCUUGUAGGAUGCCGGAAGGAUUCUGGGGCGGAAACAGAAGCCAUCACAACAGAUUUUAUACGAAAUAUUCUACUAAUGUAUGGAGAAGACGAAUUGGCCGCCGACCAGACAUUGUUAGAAGAAAUGGUUGAAGCGUGCAGAUUUGAAAGCAUUGAAGGCCGCGUUUGUCACGACGAGGAAACAGCAAACAAAUCUAAUGCUUGUGCUACAAACACUGCAUUCGAUGCAAAAGCAUUCGGUCGUGGCUUGACAAGCGACGUUCGUCUCUAUGAUUUAAGAAACGAAACAAGGCAGUCGUCGAUUAUGGAAGAUAUUUAUUUUCACAAUCGAAUCAGAUUCGAAGAUGCUCAUGAUGGCGAUGAUACAACUAGGAUCCCAAAAAAUGAGAAAAGUAUCAAAAACUUAAACGCUAGUCUUCUCGUCAAGAGGCGAGGAUCGAUCACCGCAAAGAAUACUAUCGGUGAUCCCACCAAAAUCGUUCCAUCGUCGCUGGAAGUAGAUACAGAUACUGGGGUAGAAACAACCCUGCCUAGCAUGAUGAACAUCCACGAAGUAAAACGCAUCUAUACCGCACCGGCUAUCGACAUUCUCGCGGGCACUUACCGCUCCAAAGGUACGUACGCCAUACAUUUGUACGCAAAAACGCCCCAACUAGGAGCCAAUGCAGCUCAAAGAUUCCACGAUUGAUGUGAUGACUAAAAGAAAGAUUCUCUCUGCUACUUUUGCUUCCGCUUCAUAUAGUACUCAUCGUCUGUUUGUGGUGUGCAACGGUGUUUGGUCUGUUCAGCUUGACCUGGAUUCGCAAUCCUCUCGGUAUCGACCGAAUCGAUGCAAAGUGCAACGAACUGUAUGGGGAACAAGGAAGUAUAACAGCAAAUGCGUUCGGCAUGUUCUGUCACGCUGGUGCUAGCGUCUUGAAUUGGCUGUUUUGUUUUGCGAUGUUUUGUGUCUUCGGUAUUUCGAUUAUUGGGAUGGCAAGUGUCGGAAAUUUCAACAUGGAGCAGCCACGGUGGUACCUACCAUUUUUUGGAUGUGUAGCAAUUUUGUUGCUUGUCUUUCCAUUGUACUUGCAACCGGAGUACAGCACCAUCCGCUCGGAUUCAAGAGAAAAAACCUACAUGUAUCCAAGAUAUACUGCUCUCUUUCUGCUGUGUAUUACCUUGUACUUGCACUUGUGAGUUCUGUUGUGGCUUCAGCCUUUGCUGUCGAUCGUGAUCUACCAAAUGUAUCCGACUCAUUCUUUGUUUUGACUUGUCGACUUCUAGGACACAUGUUGUUACUAUUUGGUUUGGAAUCGUCGAUUUUGGCAAGAGAAAAAUCGGACGAAUCAUGGGUUUCAGUGCAUUAAAACAAGAACUGCAAAUCAAGCAAUCGGCCGCAUUUAAACUCAACCUUUUAGCCACGAAUGCCAUGGACAUACAUCGCUGCACAUCCUCUCCUAAGGUAUUUCUAACCCGUUUCGGCCAUGGGCUUUCCGCGUAUUCCUUGCACGGAACAAGAUACGUGAAGGCUGGUGGACUUUUUUGGUGUUGGCAGAAAUUUCGAGAUCAAACUAUCUUUGAAGAAGAAGGAAUGUUUUACUCGGCUCGCCUAAUAGCCUCCAAUCUCUCGCAAUGGUUCGUCAGCUUCUUCGUUCUCGUCGUCGGAUCUAAUUUUUUGUAAGUACCAUUGUCUCAUUUCGUGCGCUGUAACAUUCGAACUAGAUGCAUUUAAUAAUGUGAGAAAGCAGUGCGUCGUCUAAGCCAUUUACGAUGCCUUUGUUUCCAAAAAAUCAAUAUCUUUAUGCAGCGUAGCAACAGUUAACAACUGGAAAAGCGCAGAUGCCCGCGCUGAAAGGUCUUCUUUCAUUGGUAAUUACCUUGCCAAACGACUCGAUGCAAAAUGGAACUCGACGACACAAAAAGAGGCGUUGGCGUUGGUUCACGCUGUCGUCAAAAGCGUAAACGCCACGGGUGCCUUUUGCGACGAUUCCUCGGCAAUUCCAGAUCCUUCGGAAAUUUGCAAACUAGGAAUUCGGGGGGACUGGACCUGCGAGGAAGCCAACACGACUGAAGCACUUUGUUCUCUGUUGUACAAUCCAGCCUUGGAGGAUACCAAUCCGGAUCUUUAUGGUGCUCUCCUGAAAGGAAGCGGUUUGGAAGGCGCCGUUUCUGAUUUUCGAAACGCUGUCAUGGCUUCGAUUACUUCUAUCGGUGAUAGCCUGCUGCCUGUAGAACAAUGGAUGGUUGUGGUCCCUCUCAUCGUCGGUAUAAUUGUUGCGUUCAUCACAUCGAUUCGAUGUUCUCUGCUCUACAUCCCCAGCGUCACAACAACCAUGAUUCAGCUGCGCACCGGCGUGAUCCCUGCGCUAGGGAAUCCGGAUUUUGAUAAGUGCAGAUUGAAGCCAGAUAACAUCACCCUUCUGACCGGUGCGUCGUUUUGGGGCUGCUUUGUCUCGGCAAUUCUUUCGGGCGCGGUGGUUGCCUUUCUCGUCUUUUUGUUUGUGUGGCAAGAAACUUCGUAUGCCGCGUUUCGGAUAAUAGUGCUUGGCGUAGGUUUUGUGAUCUUCAUGCUGAUAAGAGCGCUUGUGAGUAAGGUCCUAUUGCUGAAUUGCAAUUUAGCUUUUACUGUGAAAGAGUUUUGAAGAUAACUGACGUUUUUCUAACACUCUUUUGUGUAUUAUGUAUUGCAUAGCUGGGACGUUGUUGCCGAGUUGCAUUUUUCAAUGGAUUGUACCGAAAGAAACCUGCCCAUGCCAAUAUUGCGAUGCUUGCCCUGGAAUGGGCAAACUACUUUUUCACCAUAUUCAUCAUUAUUGUUCGCAUGGUACGUCCUUGCUGCCCGACCAGAACCGUUUUUUAUUUCGACUCAAAUUGACCAACUGCCCCAAAUAUAUUUUGUGGAUUUGUUCCAGAUCAAAAUGAUUAUUGCCACCACGGCGUCGCUCGGUAGAAUCGACAGGCCCUUCCUUGCCAAGGGACGUGGACGAAAGCUCGACAAGCUCCCCCAGGUCCACACGUGCGACCUCCUGGCCCACGAAGCCCACAGGCACCCCUUUGUCGAGACUCUGGGGCUUGUAUAUCUUAUGAAAUUCCGCUACUCCGAGAGUUUUUGCCACCGAGCUGGAAGCGCGUGGAGGCUGAUAUUUGUGUAUGCGCUCAUGCCGUGGUUACACAAGCAUCGUAUUCGUGGCAUCGGCCAAAGAGACACCACCUACCAAAAGGAGAAGAAUGAACCAUAUAUGACGGUUCCCUCAGACGGCGUGUCUGGAAACGAUGGAUCUGCCAUCGAUGAGAAUUCGUUUCGCGAUCGCUCGGGCAAGGGAACGAGGAUGUGUCGAAUCUGAGGAAAGCCCUACGAGCCAAGGCGGGACCCGACCAAAGAUGACGGUUGUCUGGAAUCAUGUGAAUUCCCGAAAACCCAUUGUUCAAUGGGUGAUUCCUGUUAUUAUAGAAAUGCGCUAAAUUUGAUUUUCGAUACUCUCAAUAUAAUUUGAUCCAUCUUGUGAACAACAAAAACCGUGUGGGGGAUGGGACAAUGUGCUCUGUCUUUGAGGCCGGUUGGGCGACAAUGAGCUCCCUCUCUGUGUUUGCCGGCCUCCUUGUCCUCCUCCUUGUCCUCCUCCUUGUCUUGUUGGUCCCUUUUCUGCAACAACAAAGAAAGGAAAUACACUCUCUAUGGACCUUCACGAUUCUUUGGUACACACCGUGCUCAGCAAUAGCACUGUGAUGCCAAGCCCUGGGGCAGUUGUACUCUGCAAUCCAUAUUCUACCAUCCGGGGCAAAGGCAAAGACACUAUUGAUGUAGGUGUUCUCUUUCCAUGCAUUGUAGAAUGAUCUUUGUUUGUACCAGUCACCAGAGGCUUCAAUCACUUGCUUCAGUGCAUCCACAGCACCCCAAACGUGUUGUUCUCCAAGCUGUGGAUACUUGUCUCCAAUAGCCUUAACAUAUUUAUCCACUUCUUCAUUGGUUGGAACACUGACCAUGGCGUCUGGGUGUUUGUGAAGGGCAACAAGCAUCACUCUCCAUGAAAACUUGAGCCACUUGUACAUCACUGUGGAUGUCAAGCCAAAGGCCAUGCCCAUUGACCUUGCAACAGAUCCUCUUGUCCUGAACCAAUAAAGGACCAGUCUAAUGGCACAGACUGCAUCAGCCUCCCUUUUCUUCCCUUUGGGCUUGCCACUGGGAUAACAUGGAACUUCCACAAUAUCAUUGUCGUUGUUGACAGUAAACUUGUUGUACACUGGAACAAAUAGGUCCACAAUCUCUCUGAAACCUUGUGGUCCACACCACAGCAGUUGAGAAGAGCUUGAUGAAGGCCUGAGUGGAACAUAGUAUGGAGGAAGGGGAAUCAGCAUAUCUCCUGAUUGCAAGUCAUGGUGUUAUCAUAUCCCUCMUUUGACCCUCUUCUAGAGAUAGUUUGUUUUUGUAACUUCUUUGCUGCCCGUCCACGUUCAACUGAAUGUACCAGUACAUGGUGAUGACCUCCAUUACUCCCAUUGUUGAUGUUGCUUUGUCUUUUCACUGGUGGGAUUCAAGUCAUGUGCUAAGUGUUUAUUGGGGACCAAAUUAUAGCUGUUAGGGUGAGUUGACCCUUAGUUAACAUUCUACAUAU